AUGACGGGGAAACUAAGAGAUUAUCAAGUGUUAGACGUUCUGUGCGGCGGUACGUUUUAUAAAGUGAGACACAAGGUCACAAACAACAUAUUUGCGUGGAAGGCGUACGAUUGCUCUGCGUAUUCGGACGAACAAAUACAAAACGUCGUAAAGGAAGUGAAAAUAAUAACCGAAGUGCACUCGGACAACCAGCUGCGUUAUUACGAUACGAUACUACACGCCCCUUCUAAGACUUUGUACUUUGUGCUCGAGCACAGCUCCUGGCGCAGCCUUAACGAGCUGAUCGCGGCUUGUAAAGACUCUGACAAGUACAUCGCGGAGGGCUUCAUCUGGUAUCUUUUGUUCGAGCUCGCGCGCCUCUGCAAGGCUGUGGAGCGGUUGAAGGUCGUAGUGCUACGAAAAUGUAUCACGCCCGCGUCCGUAUUUGUCGGGGACGAAUGCGAACUGCGCGUCAACUGCUUUGAGCUGGAGCCGGCGGCGGCGCCAAAGUCAAGCUUGAUGCGGCAGGUGGGCGACGUGGCAUACACUUUGUGCUCCCAGCCCACCGUCUGCGACGAUAAGAUCCAGGGAUUCCACUACAGCGAUGACCUUCGCGACGUCAUUAGCUUCCUGACAGACGAGCGCAAUGCCAACCUGCGCCCCGACGUCAUUCUUCAUCACCCAACCGUGUUGGCCAACUUAGAAACAUUGGCUGGACCAAAACAUUUGGGCGAGAUCCUUUUGUCUGGGCAUAAUUCAUCACUAGCAUCAGAUGCUAACAAGUGCGACUCCGAGAAGGCAGUGGAACUGUGCAGACUUGUGGAGCCAGUGCCAAGGACAUAUACCAACUUGCUGGACAGCCCUGUCUAUUCUAAUAUCAGUCCAAAAAAGAAGAUUAACAAAGAACUUGAAGAGUCUCAAUCUCCCAGAGGCUCUGUGUCUCCCACAUUGGCAGCUUUGGCCCUAGAGCUGCCUGGUUUUGUACCUCGCAACAGGAAACCAUACAGCCAGGCACUAGAGACCUACAAGCCUCAGCAGAUAUCAGAGGAAACCCUGAGCCGUCAGUGGAUGACCCGCCUCAUUGCUCUCCGGCAAAGGGAGGAGUCCCUCAACAAAAGAGAGAGAGAACUCAUUUCUAAAGAGAUAGUGAGCAGCCCGACUACAAAGAUCAUCCCAUUCGAUGAGUGUUUUGGUAUUGGGAACCAAGGAGAGAUUAAUGGGAUCACUUUACCGCCAGUGAUUCAGGCAGAAGAGCGCGGGCAGAGGGCAUCACGCCGUCGCCGUCGCCGCUCUGGUUCCGUGCGGCCCAAGAACUAUAGGAAAAGUUAUGCCUAUGAGGAUCUGGACAGCUCCCUGUCAGCUGACCCUGGUGAUGGCAGUAUCAUAGUGACAGCUACAAAGUUCACUAAGGAGAACAUGCCGCGACGCAACAUCUUUCCUGACGUACUAUCAAAAAAGGUGCAUUUCACAUCUGCAAAUCCUUUUGCAGAAAGUGAUGAAAGUGUUACAUUGACAUUUUAUGAAUUGGAUAAUGUACGCUGUAUGGGUGAUCAGAUGCAGAAGCCGAAAGAACAGACAGUGAAUGACAUCACAAAGUUCAAGUACUUGGAUCUUGAGAAAAUGACGUCAGAGAAGAGAGCCGCUAUGCAGCAGUGGAACCAGUCGUCACCAUCCAAACAGGCGAAAAUGAAUGAGAAGAUGUUUGCAGACAUCACUAAUGCCAAUGAGGGCAUGAAAAGAUCUCCUUCUAAGGCCAGCCUCGUUUCCAAAUGUUCAAAUUCAUCAAAGUACUCCAAUGCAUCGAGUAAAAGCCAGUGGAGCAUGGAGUUGGCAAACAGUAAGGUGAGUGAGGACUGCAUUUCUGAGCGCACCCGCUCGAGCAUGAGACAAUCUUUAGCACCCAUACCUGUUGUGCUACCGGAGGUGAAGAAGUCCAAGAGAAAGUCUCUGCUUCCAUUUAAAACUCCUUUCAAAUUCAUGACUUCCACUAAAAUUUAAACUUGUGAUUUUGAUUUCUGUGAAUAUCACAAUUAGCUCUAACAAAUUUUUUAUUGCCAUUUAGUUGUAGUUGAUACUGUUGUACAAUCUAUUUACAAUACACUAAGAUUGGUUGUGGCUUUUAUUCUAUAGAAUAUUUACUUUUGUAUUAGUUCAGCAAGAUUAGUAGAAUAAAGUAUGAAAUUUGCAAUUUUCCUAAUAUCUAAUAUUGUAAAACUGUUUUUCGCUGGAUUCAUUGGUCCAGAUAGUUUCACUUGGAUAUUUGUUCAUUCAUAGUGUUUAACUGGAAAAAAAAAUAUUGUUUGUUUCAAAAUGUAUGUAGGGCACAAUGAAGCUGGCUAAACUAAUUUAUUUUUAAAUUGUACAUAAGAACAAUACGGACAACACCCCACCC